GAAGUGACGUAACUCCUAGACUUCCCGGCGCUCAGCUGAUUUUCCCCUCCUAGUCGCUGAGUUUGAAUGUGGUCGGGUGAGUCGGUGCUUUCUGCACACAGGGGCAUGGCCGCGUUCUCGCUGGAUCCGCUGGGUGAACCAAUGGCAUUAGGAUCACCAACAUCUCCAAAAUCUGGAGUCGGUGCCCAGUUUUUACCUGGUUUCCUAAUGGGAGAUAUACCAACACCAGUAACGCCACAGCCACGGCCAUCCAUGGGAGUAAUGGAGCUACGUUCCCCUAUGAUUGGAGGUGGCUCCCCUCAUCAGCCUGUACUACCAUCUCAUAAAGAUAAGAGCGGUGCUCCUCCAGUUAAAAGCCUUUAUGACGACGUCUCAAGUCCAGGUCUUGGGUCUACACCUCUUAAUUCCAGAAAACUGCAGCCCAGCUUUUCUUCGCUACAUACUCCCCUUUCUGGUGCCAUGCCGUCAACUCCAGGUGCACAUUCAAGCGUCUUUAGCCCAGCAACCAUCAAUCAGGGUAGAAAAGCGACCCUGUCACCUGCUCAGCUAGAUCCAUUUUAUACACAAGGCGAUGCAUUGACAUCCGAAGACCAGCUGGAUGAUACAUGGGUGACUGUCUAUGGGUUUCCACAGGCCUCGGCAUCGUAUAUUCUGUUACAGUUUGCACAGUAUGGGAAUAUAAUAAAACAUGUGAUGUCCAAUACUGGCAAUUGGAUGCAUGUGCAAUAUCAGUCCAAAUUACAAGCCAGGAAGGCUUUAAGUAAGGAUGGCAAGGUAUUUGGUGACUGCAUCAUGAUUGGUGUGAAGCCUUGCAUAGAUAAGAGCAUAAUGGAAAGCGGUGAAAAGACCUCAUUGUCUUCAGUCAACUCUUUCUUCACACCACCAAUUAAGACGUUGGGUACCCCUACCCAAGCAGUGUCUACUCCAAGAUCAACAAUGAGACCUCUUGCUGCUGCUUAUAAAGCUUCAACUAGUGAAUACCAGGUGUUAUCUGACAAGCAGACGCCUAAAAAAGAUGAAGGUCUAGUAUCUAAAGCUAUGGAAUACGUGUUUGGAUGGUAGCUGGUUCGCAGCCAAUAAAAUACACUGAAUUCACUGCCAUGGCUCUUGGUUAGUUCUAUAACCACAUUUGGCAGUUCAAAAAUACACCAGACUUGCCUUUUCUUUGUAUAGAUAGGGGGGAAAUGAAUUUCUGACCAUUUUUGCCACCUUGCCAUCAACCCAUUUUGCAUUAUCGAGACUAACAUCAAGGAUACGUUUAUAUAUCAAUUCUGAUGGACAAUUUCAAAUUUUUACAUAAAUCUAGUCUUCUCUGCCUGUCCUUUGAAUAAUGCAAUGCAAUGCAAACAAAUGCACUACUAAUUUAAAGUAGAACUCCAGCUAAAUACUUGGUUUUGGAUAAAGUUGGGAAGGGUUAGGACCCCUCUCAAUUGGGAGGCAUACAGCAACAAAAACUUUCUCUUGCGCUCUGUGUCCCCAACUGGAGAAAUUGUCUAUUUCUGUCCUGGUGAUGGAAGUUCUAACCUUCAUCCAUUCUUUUUCAAAAUAAGGUUUUCUUGGUGUUCGAUUUAAUUGUGUCCAUGUCUUUCCGUUGUACUGUUUUAUACCAUAAAUGAUUUUAAGAGUGCUUACUCCUCCCCCUCCCCCUCCAUUUUUUGAAUGUAUACUGCUUUAAUAUAUGGAACUGUUUUACCCUUUUCUAAUAAAUCUGUGAACGGCAAGUUUUUUUUAUCACGCAA